GUCGUGACGAGUGGAAGCUGAUUUGCCAUCAGGUUAAGGAACUGGCAGCAAGUGAAGUUGAAGUUGUCUGGUGAAAUGAAAAGUUCCAUGGUCAAAAUAAGCCCCGGGAGGCUAAUACAGCUGACGUUGCUCUGUGGAGUGUUGUUUGGGUCAUGUCACGGACAGGGAUUGGCAGUGAUUGGCCAAAAACUAAUUCGACCUGGAACAGCAUACAAUGUUGUGAUCUUGAAUACCAUCCAACAGCUAAGGACAAUUCAAUUAAGCAUUAAAUUAGAUGGUUUUAAUAAUGACAGUCAAUCUGUUAUCAAACAACAUAGAAUCGUCAGAAUUCAAAAAGGGAAGAUGAAAUCGGAAUCUUUUCAGGUAGGAAAUAUACCUCAUGGAAAAUACACACUGACAGUUGAAAGUUUGGACGCUGCGUUAACGUUUAAAGAACUGGUGGACCUUGAAUACCACAACAAAAAAGAGUCUAUUUUCAUCCAGUUGGAUAAGCCGUUAUAUAAACCAGGAGAUAUAAUACGCUUCCGAAUCAUUGUGGUAGAUGUCGAUAUCAGACCAGCAACCAACAUUAAAACAGUUGAUGUUAGCCUGUUUGAUGCUGAAAAAAAUACAAUAAUGAAAUGGUCAAACAGUACACUUGGUAAGGGUGUUUUUGAGUCCUGGUUUCAAAUUGCCUCCACGCCCACACAUGGUACGUGGAAAUUGGUGACGCAGGCCGGCAACAGCGAAACCUUCAAAGAGUUUGAGGUAAAACCAUACAUUCUACCGAAGUUUUUUGUGAAAGCGCGUCCAGCUGAAGAAUAUGUUAUUACGGCGAGACAGGUCAAAUUAAUCGUAGAAACGUCUUUUACAUUUGGUAAACCAGUAAAUGGAAACGUAACUGUGGAUUUAUUUAUCAAUGAAGGUAGUAGAAGCCCAAAAUAUACUACUACCAAGUCAAUACACGGUCUUACAACGUUAAAGUUUGACUUAGAUGAACAUGAUAUGAAAAUUAAUGACAACGAUGAAGACUCGAAAAUCAUUACCGCUCGGAUAAGCGUAAUGGAAUCUUUCUCAAAUUUGGUAGAAACCGUUAAUGUGACCAUCCCAGUUUAUCGCAAUCGGUACGAUAUCACGAUGAGCUCGUCAGAGCCAAUCUUUCGGCCGGGGAAGUCAUUUUCCAUUCAGUUUCAUAUCAAAGAUCGUUGUGGGGAGUCAUUUUCUCGCGAGAAAUCGGCAAUUAUCCUCAUCAACGAAAAGUGGUCGGAAGAUGAAUUAAAAUUUGAAAAAAUACCAAAUGAAGAAGGAAAAAUCAUACUUGAAUUUACACCAUCACAAAAUGCAACGGUGCUUGAGAUAACAGAGGUCACUUACGACUCUUACAAACAAGAUGAAUUUGGAUCAAUUGAAGCCUCUAGGUCUAAGAGCAAUCAUCAGCUAAAAGUUACCUACGACAAGAAACACUACAAUAUUCGUCCUGAUCAAACGGUAAAGUUUGAACUGUCUUAUCCCAGGAAAAUUAAAGAAUUGCUCUAUAUUUUCGUGUCCCGUGGCAGAAUUAUUGACUCGGGGUACAUCGGGAGUCAUACGAGUAAUUUCAAAUACCGAUUAACCAAACGCAUGGCUCCCAAGGCAAAGCUUGUAGUUAUGUAUCUGAAAGAUUAUCUGAUAUAUGAUGCAUUGGAUUUGGUUUUCGAUGAAUUUGACAACAAGUUCGACUUUACAUUGGAUCCCUCUCCUAAAAAUGCAUAUAUGCCAGGUCAGGAAAUCAGUGUAGAGUUUGAAGCAGCUUCAGAUUCGUAUGUAGCAUUGCACGCAAUUGAUCAAAGUAUUCUUCAGUUGAGCCAGACUGAUCAUUUAUUUACCAGAGAUGAUCUGAUUAAAGAGCUCAGUCGGUAUGAUGCAACAGACGAAAAUGCUUUUGACCCGUUUCAUACAAUGGGAUUAUUUCUCAAAACAACUUUAAAGAUAGAUUCUCCUUACGGCGAAGACAAGCUUUUACGGUUUGGGUUGAUGUCUGAGAAACGUUUUGAGCAGCCAAUUCACAUUCGAACUGAAUUUCCCGAAACAUGGUUGUGGAGUAAUUAUUCAAUGCAAGGCAAUAGAAAAAGAGAAAUAACAGCUUACAUGCCAGAUACUUUGACCUCGUGGACAAUCACCGGAUUCGCGUUGAGUCCUAGUACUGGGUUAAGCAUCAUAAAGCAACCACUAGUCGCAAAAGUGAGCCACGAUUUUUUCAUUGUCGCCAAUUUACCGUACUCGAUCAAACGUGACGAAGUUGUAGUAAUACAAGCCACCGUUUUUAACAACUUAGGAACCGGUUUAUCCGUAGAUGUUAAGUUGUAUAGUAAGAGUGAUGAGAUUAAAUUUUACAACGAUACAUUAACUUCAUCACAUUUUAAAAAGAAAACUGUUUUCGUCGAGAACAACAGUGGCCAGUCUGUAUCAUUCUUUAUCAAGGCAAACAAACUUGGAGAAAUUUUAGUAAGACUCGAAGCAGUUGCAAUGUUUCAUAGCGAUUCGGUAGAGCACGUGCUUCGAGUGAUUCCAGAAAGUCUUGUUCACAGAGAGAAUGAAGUGAGAUUUAUAGAUUUAUCACAUGAAACAGUAAACUACACAAUCCUAGUAGAUAUUCCACGUAAAGCUGACAACGGAUCUGUCGGAAUUGAAUUUGCACUUGACCCUAGCUUUCUGGGUACAACCAAUGAAAAUCUCGAUAAGCUAUUAUUGUUGCCAACAGGAUGCUGUGAACAAAGCAUGGUCAAAUUCAUUCCUGACAUUGUUAUAUUGGAUUACUUGGAUGCAAUACGUGCAACCAACGAAGGCAUCAAGGAAAGGGCCAUAAACUUCUUGAAACAAGGUUACCAGAAUCAGCUCAAGUGUAAACUUAACAAUGGCUCUUUUGCAAUUUUUCCUAGAGCAAGUGAUAAAAGUGCAGAAGGAAGUGUAUUUUUAACUGCAUUUAUAGCAAAGUCAUUGAAAAUUGCAUCCAAACACAUAACCGUUGAUGGACACAUUGUUGCCGAUGCAUUUCGGUGGUUGGCGAGUCAACAGCGUUCCGAUGGAAAGUUUAUUGAUGAAAAGAAUAUUUACAUGGGGGAAAUGCAAGGCGGGAUAAGAAAAACAAGCUUCGCUCUUACGGCCUAUGUUCUGGCAGCCUUUUUGGAAACGGAAGACAUUGGACAGCAAUAUCCGCAUGUUGUCAAUAAAUCCACUGAAUACCUCAAGUCAAAUUUCGACAAUAUGGAUCAUCCGUAUGACUUAGCAGUGACAUCGUAUGCCAUGUCAAUGUCCAAAGAUUCCAAAGGUCCCGAAUUUCUCAAAAAGCUGAUAGAUAAUUCCACUUUUGAUAGAAGCAACACAUAUCGUUACUGGAACCAUGAGACUCUGGGAGUGGAAAUCGCCAGUUAUGCACUGUUAGCUAAACUAAACGACCGCAGCCAAUUAAUAGACUCAACGCCCAUUAUGCGCUGGCUUAACUCGCAGCGAUCCAACAAGGGUGGGUUUGUGGGUACCCAAGAGACAUUCGUCGCGUUAAAAGCACUGGCGAAAUUUGCUGUAGAGGCAAAUCCGAAUCGAAAUGAGUACGGAGUACAGGUUCGAGGUGGUGACCCAAACAAGAUAUUGAAGACAUUUAGGGUACAGCGUGACAAAAUCAACGUUAUAAAAUUCGAUGUUGAAAGUUCGGAGCGAUCAGUUUUCGUUGAAGUCUCUGGUAUUGGAACAGGAUAUUUUCAAGUUUUUUACAAAUAUCACCGCAGUAUACUGCAUGAAAAAGAAUCUUUCAAUCUGGCGGUAAAUGUAUUGAAAUCCACAACUUACGAUCACCUUCACCUAAAGGUGUGUGUCGCAUUCAAACCAAAAGAUAGUACCAGUGUAUCAAACAUGGCUCUGGUUGAGAUUGCAUUGCCGAGUGGUAUUAUGGCGACCGAAAAUCCUGUUGAGGAUCUGUCAGAACGGAAGGAUAUUAAAAAAACGGAGCUGCGAUACGAGGGAACAUCAAUAGUUGUAUAUUACAUGAACCUAAGCGUGAUGGAAAAAUGCUUCAAUGUGAACGCUGAACGACGUUACAAAGUGGCAAUGCAUCGACCAUCCUACGUAGUGGCAUAUGAUUAUUACCAUAAAAAAAGAGUGGCUAUCAAAACAUACGAAGGAAAUGUUAAGCAGCCAUGUGAGCUUUGCGAAGGUGAAGAUUGUGAUAUUUUCUCUUGUUGAUUAUUAUUCGAUCAUGGACUAGUUUGAAAGUUUCUAAAUACUGCAAUAAAGUCAUCAACCGAAUUCC